UUAAAACUCAAAGAUAUGGCUUCUGACAUGGCAAAAAAGAAUAAAAAAUACUCUAGAUCGCGUCCUGAUACAGAUGGCGAUGAUAUUGUUAUUUCUGGAAUGGCUGGGAAAUUUCCCAAUUGCAAAAAUAUCUCCGAAUACGAGUACAAUCUUUACAACAAGAUUGACAUGGUAGAUGACGAUGAGCGUCGUUGGCGUCAUUUUAAUCCUGAGAUUCCCAAGCGAUUUGGUAAAAUCAGCAAUCUGGAAAAGUUCGAUGCAACAUUCUUUGGGGUACACUUCAAGCAAGCGCAUACUUUGGAUCCGCAAACACGAAUUUUGAUAGAGACAGCGUACGAAGCUGUCAUUGAUGCAGGUAUCAAUCCGAAAAGCCUGCGUGGUACGAAAACUGGCGUCUAUAUCGGAUCUUGUAUAUCUGAGUCAGAGAAAACUUGGUUCUAUGAGAAGGUUUCGUCAGGGGGUUUUGGCAUCACCGGCUGCAGUCGCGCAAUGCUGGCCAAUAGGAUUUCGUACACCCUGGGCUUAGAGGGCCCGUCCUUUUUGCUUGACACGGCUUGCUCCAGUUCAAUGUAUGCCUUGGAUAAUGCAUUUAGUGCAAUUCGAAAUGGUGAAAUUGACGCUGCAAUUAUUGGCGGUUCCAAUUUGUUGUUGCAUCCCUUUGUGACCCUUCAAUUUGCUCGACUCGGUGUUUUGGCGCAGGACGGUUACUGUCGUCCAUUUGACAAAGAUGCAAGCGGAUACACUCGCUCUGAGACAAUUAACUGCCUAUUCCUUCAGAGGAAAAGAGAUGCGAAACGCAUCUACGCAAGUGUUGUUUAUUCGAAAACCAACUGUGAUGGAUACAAGCCGGAGGGUAUUACCUAUCCAUCAGGAAAUGUUCAAAGAAAACUACUAUUGGAAUUCUACAAGGAAAUUGAUCUAACACCAAAUGACUUGGGUUACCUGGAAGCACAUAGCACUGGCACCGUUGUGGGUGAUCCCGAAGAGUGCAAGGCGAUUGAUAGUGUGCUGUGUAGCCAGCGUCAGGAUCCACUUCUUGUGGGCUCUGUCAAAUCAAAUAUUGGACAUUCGGAACCUACCUCUGGUAUCUGUUCACUGGUGAAAGCGUGCUUUGCUUUCGAAACUGGCCUAAUAGCACCCAAUAUUAACUUUACCGAGGUGAAACCAACAAUAACGGCACUGGCGGAGGGACGUUUAGUUGUGGUUAAGGAUGUCACUCCUCUGCCAAAGCCAUGUAUCGGAGUUAAUUCGUUCGGGUUUGGUGGCGCCAAUGCACAUGCCAUUCUUAAAGCACAUCCGAAGUCAAAGGUAAACUAUGGAAUACCUGAGGAUAAUCUGCCCAGGAUUGUGACAUGGGCUGGCAGAACGGAGGAUGCUGUCAAUGAGAUUUUCAAUGGGAUUGAGAAGAAACCGUUGGAUGCCGAGUUCAUUGGACUGUUGCAGAAUAUACAAGAGGAAGAAGUAUCCGGCAUGGUAUUUCGAGGAUAUGGCAUAUUCGGCAAUAACGGCAACCAACCAACAAAAUCUUUGGUUAGGAAUGUUCAGCAUUACACUGGCCUUAAGCGGCCCAUUGUCUGGGUAUUCAGCGGCAUGGGUUCACAGUGGAACGAAAUGGGAGCAUCAUUGAUGAUGAUUCCACGCUUCCGGCAAUCCAUUGAAAUCUCCCACAAUACAUUAGUCCCGAAAGGCCUCGACCUCAUUAAUAUCCUCACUUCGAACGAUCCUGCAAUUUACGAGAAUAUUUUGCACUCUUUUGUCGGCAUAGCCUCUGUACAAAUUGGUCUGACUGAUAUUCUCCGUUCACUAAACUUGGAACCCGAUUUUAUUAUUGGACAUUCCGUUGGAGAAUUGGGUUGCGCCUACGCAGAUGGAGGAGUAACGGCUGAACAAAUGAUACUAGCUGCUUAUUGUCGUGGUCGAGUCAGUAUGGAGUCUAAAAUCAGAGGUGGUAUGGCAGCUGUGGGCAUUGGGUAUAGGGCAAUUAAGAACUUGCUGCCGGAAGCCAUUGAAGUCGCCUGCCACAAUAGUGCCGACUCCUGCACCAUCUCGGGACCCAUUGAUGAAGUUCGACGAUUCGUCGCAGAACUAAAAUCAAAAGAUAUCUUUGCAAAGGAAGUGCCAUGCUCGAAUAUUGCAUAUCAUUCAAGAUAUAUUGCAUCUAUGGGACCCCAAUUGUUAAAAUAUUUGAAGGAGAUAAUCACACAGCCAAAGACUAGGACAGCCAAGUGGCUGAGUACCAGUGUGCCGAGGAGUGAAUGGGAACAAACUGAAAAUAAAUUGUGCUCUGCCGAAUACCAUACCAAUAAUCUGCUGCACAGUGUACUCUUCGAGGAGACUUUUCCAGAACUACCCAAGAAUGCAUUGACUAUUGAGAUUGCUCCACAUGGUUUAUUGGGCGCCAUCCUAAAGCGAUCUAUGCCUAAUGGUGUUUAUAUACCACUAACCCAUCGAGGAAACAAAAACAAUGCGCUCUUCUUUAUGACCGCACUUGGCAAAUUAUAUGAAAAUGGUGUUAUGGUGCCGGUGGCCAACUUAUAUCCCAAAGUUGAAUUCCCUGUUUCACGAUCAACUCCGGGCAUUAGUUCACUCGUCCGUUGGGAUCACAGUGAAGAUUGGUUUGUGACGAAGUAUGAGAAUAUGAAGACUAAGGCCAGUGUAGAGCGCGUUUUCCUUAUUAACUUGGCCAGUGAUGAUGAAGAGUUUAUGGGUGGUCACAUUAUUGAUGGUAAAAUUCUCGUACCCGCUACUAGCUAUUUACAAUACGUUUGGGAGACGUUCUCUCUAAUCCAUCAUGGGCCAAGUUACAUGGAUAUUCCAGUCGAAUUUGAGGAGGUGCAAUUCCUGAGAGCCACAAAUAUGUCAGUUAAUGGAGAAGUUGAACUGAAUGUUAUGAUUAACUAUGGCAGCGGCCACUUUGAGAUAACUGAAGCGGGUAGCUUGGUAGUUACAGGUAAUAUAAGAGAGAUUGAGAAGCCACUCGCACCGGAAAUAUAUAAUUUCCAGAACGAAUCGAAAUUCCCGAUGGUUGCCAAAAAAGAUUUCUACAAGGAAUUAAGACUACGUGGAUACCAUUAUAAUGGAGCGUUCCGAGCCGUUCGCAGCGCUCGAACGGAUGGAUUAUAUGGAACGGUUGAAUGGGACUAUAACUGGGUGACAUUUAUGGACGCAAUGCUACAAAUUCAGAUAUUGGGCACAGAUUCGCGCUCCCUCUUGCUCCCAACGAAAAUUCGUAAGCUGCGUAUAAAUGGGGUCCAUCAUUUCAAUAUGAUAAACAAAAUAGAUCCCGAGAACCGAGUUAUUGAUGUUUAUGUGGAUCAUAAGAAUAAUCGCAUUGUAGCAGGUGGCAUUGAAGUGAUUGGACUUCAUGCCAGUCCGGUUCAAAGGCGCAAACCUCCCGGCAUUCCAGUAUUGGAACAGUACGAAUUUUUGCCCUAUUUGCCAGCACCAGAAAUGACUCUAUCAAAUGCAGCACGAAUAUGCGUACAACUUGCCUUGGAAAACAUGUCGAUAUCGAAGGUAAAACUCGUGGAAGUUGACACCGAUGGAAGAGACACCGUUUUGACCAAGUUUAUCGAUGCUAUUGAGGACUUACCGAUUGUUACUGGAGAGUACAUGUAUUUGACCGACAGAAAGAUUGAUGAAAUCCCUGGCAUACAUAUCGAAAAUGGGAAGGUGGAAAAUCUAUCCAAUUACCAUUUCAUUGUAGCCGGUGGAACUCGUGGAGAUCUCAACGAGGAUGUGAUUAUGAAUGCCCAAAAGGUUCUGGUAGAUAACGGCUACUUAUUGCUUAGAGAACGACCCACGACAAACAUAAGCAACUUAAAACUGCCCGAACAAUUCCACUUGAUCACGGUCAUUCCAAUAGACAACAAUGAGGAAGUCUUCGUACUACUCCAGAAUAUCUCCAAGAAAUUGCAAUUGCAGCCGACUGUCGUCAAAGUUUCUGAUAGCGACAUGAAGUUUGAGUGGAUAAGUCAGGUGCAGUCUGCCAUUAGUAUGAAGAGUGCUGUUGUUGCCUACGCUUUCAAUGAGAAACACAAUGGUCUGGUUGGAUUAGUGAAUUGCUUGCGAAAGGAGCCCGAUGGCAACUUGGUCACCUGUUUCUAUAUUGAUGAUCCGAAAGCACCCGAGUUUAACUUAGCAGAUCCAUUUUAUUCCAGCCAAUUUGCACUGGGCCUGGCUUUCAACAUAUAUCGCCAUGGAACUUGGGGAAGUCUCAGGCAUCUGAAUCUGCCCGUUAAUGAUGAGGUCAAACCCAGACUAGAUCACAUUUAUGGAAAUGUGAUUCAGCGCGGAGAUUUGUCGUCAUUGCGCUGGUUUGAGGGACCUCUUGAUCCAGAAGACUGUAUCAUUAAGAUCGCAUACUCAUCGCUCAACUUCAGAGACGUAAUGCUGGCAACUGGUCGACUGGCAACUGAAUUAUACGGUUCUAACCGAAUCGAUCAAAGUUGUGUGCUUGGAUUUGAAUACUCCGGCAUCAAUAUGCAAACCGGUCGACGAAUUAUGAGCAUGGUUGUUAAGGGAGGUGUCGCUUCAUAUGUGGAUAAGCCAUCGAAGCUUAUUUGGAACAUUCCCGACCACUGGUCGCUGCAGGACGCUGCUACGGUGCCAGUAGUUUAUAUAACCGUAUAUUACGCAUUCUUUAUGGCAACCGACAUUCGCAAAGGAAAGAGCAUACUUAUACACGCCGGAACAGGAGGAAUUGGCCUGGCAGCAAUUCGCGUGGCAUUGGCCUACAAUUUGGAUGUGUAUACCACAUGCAGUACUCCACUGAAGAAGAAAUUCCUCUUGGACACCUUCCCACAGCUGGAAGAAUCGCACAUUGGCAAUUCUCGAGACACGUCCUUUGAGCAAAUGAUACAGUGUGAAACCGAUGGAAAGGGUGUUGACUUUGUGCUGAAUUCACUCUCAGAAGACAAGCUACUGGCGUCGGUGCGCUGUCUUGGGCAGUCGGGCCACUUCCUCGAGAUUGGCAAAUUCGAUAUGGCCAAUGAUACCAAGCUCGGCUUGGGCUGUUUCCUCAAAGAGCUCACCUUCCAUGCGGUGCUGGCGGAUAGGCUGUUGGGGGCACCCGAUGAUCAUAUAAUUUUACACUUGAAGAAACUCAUUGACAUGGAUAUUUCCAGUGGCAUAAUACAACCAUUGCCAGUCACAGUGUUUCCGGCUAAUGAGAUUGAGAAGGCCUUCAGACAUUUGAUUGGUGGCAAGCAUAUUGGCAAGGUCAUAAUUAAAGUGCGUGAUAACCCGGAAGCAGCCGAAACUCUGCCAGUACGUGUCCAAAGCCAAAUCUACUUUAAGCCCCAUAUGACUUAUGUCAUUCCGGGUGGUUUGGGUGGAUUCGGCUUGGAAUUAGCCGAUUGGAUGUGCUUGCGUGGUGUCCGCAAACUAGUGCUCAGCUCCAGCCGUGGCAUUACCAAGGACUAUCAGUCCUUUCGAAUUGCGCUUUGGAAGAAUUACGGCUGUGAAGUUGUAGUCAACACAGCAGAUAUAUCAACAGUUGAGGGCUGUCGCAAUCUCUUGGUGGAGGCUGCUAAACUGGGUUCAAUUGGCGGUAUUUUCAAUCUAGCAGUUGCCCUACGUGACGGCAUCUUUGCCAGUCAAAAUAUGGAGCAAUUUGUGCAAAGCUUUUCGCCAAAAGCGGUUGCCACCAAACAUUUGGAUGCAUUAUCCCGCACCUUGUGCCCAGAGCUGGACCAUUUCGUAGUAUUCUCAAGUGUGUCCUGUGGUCGUGGAAAUGCUGGACAAACCAAUUAUGGCAUGGCCAAUUCUGUCAUGGAGCGUAUCAUCGAGGGCCGCAGCCGGGAUGGUCUGCCAGCCAAGGCCAUUCAAUGGGGUGCUGUGGGCGAGGUGGGAUUAGUCGCCGAUAUGGCCGAAGAUAAAAUUGACUUGGAAAUCGGGGGAACGCUGCAGCAAAGAAUCUCAUCAUGCCUACAGGAACUGGACACACUACUAAGUGCGAAAUCGGCCGUUGUAGCCAGUAUGGUUGUUGCCGAAAAGCGCUCAGGUCGUUCCGGAAAUGAAAGUAUUAUCGAUACGGUAAUGCACAUAAUGGGUAUACGCGACUUAAAGUCUGUCUCGCUGGGCACAACACUGUCCGAAAUGGGCAUGGACUCACUCAUGUCCGUUGAAAUCAAGCAAACGCUUGAACGUGACUUUGAACUCGUAUUGACUCCUCAGGAUCUGCGGUCACUCACCGUCCAAAAGCUGCAAGAGAUUAUGGAGGCAAGGGAAAAGGAUAAUUCGGAUGCGGAGAAAAUGGUCUUAGCAUCCGAAGGAAAGCUUAUGGGUAUAGAGCUUUUACUGCGUAACUUAGGAGAUGAAGCCCAUUCCGAUCAGGUAAUGUAUUCCCUCAAAACGCAUACGACACUGGCAAAGCAAAGUUUUCCACCUAGCAUUAUAAUACCUGGCAUAGAAGGAACAGCUGGCCAAGCAUGGUAUAAUAUUGGAGCCAAGUUGAACAGCAGGGCGAAUGUAUUACAACUCCAUCAGUUUGCACAGCUGGAGACUAUCAAUGAUAUUGGUCAACAGACAUUGGAGCAUGUAAAAGCCCUGCUGAAGCCCUCACAUCCAUUCUACCUUAUUGGAUAUUCUUAUGGAUCGUAUGUGGCUCUUCAACUGGCCGCACUGCUGGAGCAAUUGGGUUACCGUGGACAUGUUCUUUUGAUAGAUGGUGCACCGCAUUUUAUAACGAAACUGGCGAACUUACAUCUGGGAGAAAAUUUCACAGAUAACUUCCUGUAUGACUUGCUGUUCUCGAGCAUUGCCAAUUAUAUAUUCCCCGAGGAAACUAAGGAGAGCAUAUCCGCCGUUUUCCACAAGCUCGACACUCUCAAGGAGAAAAUGGAUUUAUUCAUGAAAUAUGUGGACAAACAGAAUAUCUACAGCAAAGACUACUUCAAAGUGAUGAUCGAGGCCUUAUUCCGAAGGGUUAAAAUCGCAGCGAAGUUCGAUCUGAACAGCAUAAGGGACUUGAAGUCUCCCAUUAUGUUAGUCCGUCCCACAGAGGUGUCUCUAAAUGAUAUCGAAGAAGAUUAUUGUGUUUCCCAGCUAACUUCUGGUAAAGUAACCUUAAAGGUCAUCGAGGGCAAUCACUCUACAAUGUUGGAUAAUCCAGUCCUACCUCAGAUUAUUAACGAUUGUGAUCCUGGACUAUUAGAUGACAAGAACUUUGAUGAGUAUAUUCGAGAUGCUAAGCCAGUAGCCGUGGCCUAACAUUCCCAUUAAAUAGUCUCUCUACUUUUACUUUUUCACUUUAUCGCAUUAAGGUUUGCAUCAAAUAUUCUCAUUGUAACGAAAAUAAAACAAAACAUGUUUUCUCACAAAAUCCAAUUUUAAA